CCACGUUCCCGAUCGAAGAUCAGGAAGCGCCGGGCGAGGAGGCGCGGGAGCUGAAUCCUCUCCCCUUUGCGGCUCCGAGAAGCAACAUGGCGUUUCCCCAGGGCGCCCGGGGUCCUUCUCUGGGCAGGGUAGGAGACCGUUCUCCUCCCAACGGAGUGGCGUCCUAAAAAGAAGCGAAGCCGUUCCAGCAAUGUGAGUGCAAGCCCCGAGCUCCGGGUUUCACAGCUCCGCUGUUCGUCGAGCCCGGCAAGUGGACUUUGCUCCGGGAUCCGGGCCACCCACCUGUUACUCCGAGUGCAGCCCGAGCCUCUCGCAGCGAGCGAAGCUCUCUCCCGAAACGGCGCUGCGCCUCUGGCAGUUCGCUCUCGGAGAAAAUGGAGCGCGACGGACUUUCCAGCGCGGACCAGAAGCUGAUCCGGGAGAGCUGGCAGAAAGUGGGCGUCAACCCCCUGGAGCACGGCAUCGUCCUGUUCACCAGGCUUUUUGAUUUGGAUCCAGAUCUCUUGCCCCUUUUCCAGUACAAUUGCAAGAAGUUCUCUACUCCUCAAGAGUGCCUCUCAUCACCUGAGUUCCUGGAACACAUUAGAAAGGUAAUGCUGGUAAUUGAUGCAGCUGUAACCCAUUUGGAGAAUUUGCACUGCCUGGAGGAAUACCUCGCUAAUCUUGGCAAGAAACACCAAGCAGUUGGUGUGAAGGUUGAAUCCUUUAAGGCUGUAGGGGACUCACUGCUGUAUAUGCUGGAGAAAUGCCAUGGUCCUGCCUUCAAGAUGAAUGUGCGUGAAGCCUGGACAAAGCUAUUUAGUGCUGUGGUGAAAGCCAUGAGCUGCGGCUGGGAUGUUCCCAGAAAGGUGGAAUAAUCUCUGAUCAUGAUGCUUGGAGUACUUUGCUGUUCUGAGUCAGAAACAGCUGUGAUGAAAGAGCAUGCUCACCUUUCCAGCUUGAUGUGUUUCAGAGUAAUCUCAACAGCUUUCUUUCUGUCUCUUGCUUCCUUCUGCAUUUCCUGUCUCUGUUGUGACAGUGUGCUCCAAAAUUCAGUGUAGCAGGUCCAUGUGUAGAGGUGUGUAAAACAUUUCAGUUCAAACUGUUUUAAGCACCAAAUUCUGUGAAACUCCUCACCAUGAGCAUGAAAUAGGCUGUUUUGAGUAUUGUGGAACUGUUAUGAACCCUAAACAGCUCUUUUGACCUUAAAAUACUUCCAGAAUGCUCAAAACAACUGGUUUUGCAUUAAAAAGAGCAGAUUAACAUUCAGACUGGGAUGUUUUGUGAAGAUGAAAUGAUUCAAAAUGAAACAUUUUGCACACCCCUAAUCUGUUUGCAGGGGACAAAAGUGAAGCACCCUGGAACUGCAGUUAUAUGUUGACUGCAGUGGCUUUCUUGCCUUUAAGCUCUUUUUUUAAUUAAUCAUUUUUAAAGAAGAGAAUGGACAAGUGGAAAAAAAAUUUAUGCAUAUAGUGUCAGUAAGUAGACACAGAUGCAAACAUUGUACAGUUAGUGCUCAGUAUAUUGUUGAGAAAGAGUUAACCAUAAAACCAGAAUACAUUAAGUUAUUUAUAACAAAAAAGAAAAGGAUUUUAAAGAUCUUUUUAAAUCUCUUAGCUGAAUGCCAGUAUCUCCACAAGCUCUUUAUUCUGUAUUGCUUUAUAAAGAGCCACUGCAAAGAUGUUUUUAGCACAGAAAGGCUAUUGGGCUAGCCGGUUUUUUAGGAUAGAGAGCUUGAUAUUCUUUCUGUAAAGUUAACGAACAGUAUGGGCAUUUCCCUGGGGUUAUCUAAGCAGUACAGUUUUUUCAAAAAGUGGGUUAAUUCUAUACAGUAUACAUUGGGUCUGCAAAAAAGUUGGGCUUUUCAAAUGCUUGGUCUUAAGAUAUAACUUAAAAGCCAGUAGGUAUGCAGUAGCUGCCAGUUCCUUCUGUGUAAAAAUAAAAUCUUGAAGUGAAAUUAUAACUGAUAUAGGGAGAAGCUUGGGAAGGCUUCUAGGAUUCAUCCUGAUUUCUAGCUGAAGAGAUCCAUACCAUAACAUCCGUUUCUGGCGAUUGCUAGAUUCUCAUGUCUUCCUCCCAAGGCACUGUUUUUGCAACCCUAUGGGUGCCUGUGGAAGGGAAGAGAAGAAAAGGAUGACCAAUAGCAAGGUGGAUGGAUUCAGCAAUGGAGUACAGUACAGUAGCAAUGGAAGACCUGAAAGACUAGGUUAGGGACAGAUCAUGGAGAAUUAUCUACGUGGACGUUAAGAGUUGACAAUGACUUGAUGGCACAUAAUCAAGCAGGGAUGCCUGACAAGACAACUUACCUUUCUAAUUAAAGCUACCUUUCUAGUUCUUGUUCUAGUGCCUGCUUUGAAAGUUAGAAACAAUAGCUUCAUUUUUGGAGUAGAGAAGGGGUAUUUAAAAUACUGUAGAUACUCUUCCCCUUUUUUCUGCUUUCUCUCCAGAGGUAAAUUGGCAUAUAGAAAAAAUCCAUGUAGAUCAAGUCUGAGCGUACUGUAUAAAGAGGCAGUGUGCCUUUUUUCAUGGUAGGGGAAGAACAUUACCUGACAACAGAAUGAUAAAGGGUUUGAGGUCCUUCUACCUUCUAAACCAUUGAGCUAAGCAUAUAGCCUAGGAAAUGUAGUUCUAGACUGAAUAAUCCCACAAGCAGCAUUGGAAUCUUUCUGGGACUAAGAAAACAUCUUCCUGCUUGUCCUUUGCAGAUCAUGAAAAGAUAACUUCUUGCCAAAUAAAUUAGUUAGGAUUUAAGGUGCCAAAAGUCUUUUGGUUGCUUUUGCUGGAAAACACUAAUGCGACUAUACUUUUGGACAGUAUUAAUAGAAACAGUUAAUGCAGAAUCAUAUCUUGUGAUACUACAUAAUGUAUGAAACUACAUGAUUUUG